UUAUUAAGAGUUACGCCGCUUUUGUUUACGUGGUUCAUGCAUAAUUUGCAAGAUUAAACUGUUAGAUUUACAACUGACUUCAAUUCAUAAUGGUCGUAUUUUGAAUGAGUUAAGUUAAUUAUUAUGAUUAUGAAUGAUUCAAACUGCAGACUGUAAGAUAGAACUCCUUUUACUAGACAUGGACGAAUCUUACGGUUCGACGUCUCUACGUCGACGUUACACUCGCGGCGAAAAUGGAAGAAUGCACGUGUUAAGCAGUAAAUCAAGUGGAUUUGUCUCUAUUUCACACUUCUUUGUAACAGUCUUUCUACCACAAGGUUAUCCAGAAAGUGUCAGUGAAGAUUAUCUCACAUAUCAGAUUUGGGAUACCAUCCAGGCAUUUGCUAGUAGUAUUACUGGUACAUUAGCAGCACAGGCUGUUUUGAAAGGUUAUGGAGUUGGUGAUGAGUCUGCUACAGUGAUGGCUGCAACAAUGACAUGGCUUCUUAAAGAUGGUACAGGGAUGAUGGGAAGGAUCCUUUUUGCCUGGAUGCAAGGGACUGGCUUAGACUGUGAUGCCAAGAGAUGGAGAUUGUUUGCUGAUAUUAUCAAUGAUGCAGCUAUAUUUCUAGAGAUUAUGGGACCACAUUUCCCUCACCUCUUCACAUUUAUUCUCUGUGUGUCAGGUGUAUUAAAGUCUAUAGUUGGAGUGUCAGGUGGCGCCACCCGUGCUGCAUUAACUCAACAUCAGGCUCGUAGAAACAACAUGGCGGAUGUCUCAGCCAAAGAUGGAAGUCAGGAAACACUAGUCAAUUUAGCAGCAUUGAUAUGUAGUUUAAUUUUGGUUCCCCUGGUAACCGGCAGACAUUUAUUGAUAUGGACAUUGUAUUUUACAUUUACGUCCCUCCAUCUGUAUGCAAAUUACUCGGCUGUCAAAGGCGUUGUCAUGGAAUCAAUAAAUCAAGCACGAUUAUACAUUCUGCUGGCAGAAUACUUCACAACUGGUACCAUACUUUCACCAAGGGUUGUAAAUAAAAGGGAACCAGUUCUUUGGAGAACAAGAAGAAAAUUACAGAUACGUCUAGGGACAUCUAUUAAAAGUUUAUGUGAUAGUCAAGAAGAUAUAGAAGAGUUUUGUAAUAUCUAUAGAACAAGCAGAUAUAUCCUAUGGAUAGAAAGAGAUGCAGGAUGUAUAAAUAUAGCAUUACGACAGAAUGCAAGUGUUCUGGAUCAGCUAGAGGCUUGUUAUCAUGCUGAGUUGAUCAACUUCAUACAUGAACAUCAAUCAUCACAGAAUUUGGGUGUACAACUUCAACAUCUAGUAAAAGAACUAAAUGACAAGAAUCCUCCAUUUUUGCAAUCAACAAGAAAUUAUGUUAUAAAAACAUUCCCGCAAUUCCUGGAGGAUGUACAUCAAGGUCGCUGGAGGACUGAUGUGUGUCUACUCGGAGCAGAUGAAUGGAGAAUUGAGGACCAGUCUUCUAAAAACACUGUGAAAAAAUUGUGAACCAUUCUGAUUCACUGGACAUAGUAUUCAUAUUUUUACUAUUCCAUGUAUUUGGAUAUCACUGGACAUAGUAUUCAUAUUAUUACUAUUCCAUGUAUGUGGAUAGUUUUAAAGAUUGGUAUAAAGACAUUUUAAUUUCUUACAAGUUGUUGUAAGUUCUACACCUGCAGAGUAGCAAACAAAGUUUUAAGACUUUAAAAAAUAUAUUUUUGUUAAAAAAAUGUAUACGUUUUUACAGUCCAUACAAUACUGUUUAUGCAACAUGCCACAUUUGACAGAAUUUACAAGUUUUUGUCACCAAAUUUCUAUCUGUUACUAAUGUGUAUAUAGCUAUAACUUAAAAAAAAAAAAUUUAAUUUAAAAA